AUGGGGCCGCGCCCCGCCGCGCUGGCGCUGCUCGGUCUGGCGGCCGCCGCCGCCUCCGCGCUGCCGCUGCCCGACGCCGGCCCGCACCUCAACUACGGCUGGGGAGAGCCCAUCCGGCUGCGGCACCUCUACACCGCCAGCAAGCACGGGCUCUUCAGCUGCUUCCUGCGCAUCGGCGCCGACGGGCGGGUGGACGCGGCCGGCAGCCAGAGCCCGCAGAGUCUGCUGGAGAUCCGCGCCGUGGCCGUGCGCACCGUGGCCAUCAAGGGCGUGCAGAGCUCCCGGUACCUGUGCAUGGACGAGGCGGGGAGGCUGCACGGGCAGCUCAGGUAUUCCACUGAAGACUGUUCCUUUGAGGAGGAGAUUCGCCCAGAUGGCUACAACGUGUAUAAAUCAAAAAAACACGGGAUAUCAGUGUCUUUGAGCAGUGCCAAACAAAGACAGCAGUUCAAGGGGAAAGAUUUUCUUCCCCUGUCUCACUUCUUGCCCAUGAUCAACACCGUGCCCGUGGAGUCAGCGGACUUUGGUGAAUACGGUGAUUACAGCCAGGCCUUUGAGCCAGAGGUGUUCUCCUCGCCCCUGGAGACGGACAGUAUGGAUCCCUUUGGCAUCACCUCCAAACUGUCCCCAGUGAAGAGCCCCAGCUUCCAGAAGUGACUGUGCUCAGCAUGUGUUUUUACAGGAGUAUUGCAGAGUACUGCAGGGUUUUUAGCUUUUCAGGUAGUGAUAUUUGGGAACUUUUUUGUGUAUUUGAGUAUGGAGCCAGCCUCACCCUUGUUGUACCUGUAAGAGAUGAGUGCCAAGAGGCUGUUCUAUAGUCUAAAGAAUUGCCUAUCCAUAGUUUUGUUUGGAAAAGGAGGAUUAAAUAUGAAAAAUUUCGCAGCUUUAUCAGAGUUGCUCCAGAGGUGGUGAUAAAGUUUUUCUACAUAAUUUUUCUACACCAGCUUCCACAUAUAUUCACCUCUUAUAUCUGCUCAUAUGAGCAAAUGCAGAAAACCUUUUCCUCUUCAGAGACCUUAAACCCAAAACAUUUGGACCAAAACUAGAUGAAGGAAAACAUCCCAGCAGAUGUAACUAGAGUUAAUGCUGCUUCUUAAAAGGCUGCUAACAACAUUCUGGGGAAAACUUUCUAUUGAAAGCAUACUACUGAAAAAAAACAAAUCCUGCUUGUAUAUUGUGCUUUUUCUUCCCUUAGAAAAUAAGGGAAGAAAGGGAAAAAUUUCUCCCUUCCCUUAUUUCUAAAGAGUACUUUGGGAAACUUGAUCGUUGAUUUCUUUUGUAGACUAAAUUAUGUUCUCUGUGGCAUCAGAAUCAUGCAGCAGAGAGUUCUCAUCAGAAUUAGUGAGAAUUCAUUGUGUGGUUGGAAGAGUGCACAGGGCUAGAAUUGAUGUUCAUCAGGUAGGGAAUGAGCAGCUCAAAUGAGUGUUUAAAUGAAGAUUCUGUUGUAUAUAAGCAUGUAUAUGUCGUUAGCAAAUGGAGAAAACCACUGAAAACGGAUGUAUAGGUCAAAUCAGUUGCAAAAUAGGUUUUCGUGUUUAACCUUUAACCACCAGGAAUUCUUUCAAGUCACUUCCAGGCUUGAUUCAGCAUCCAUGGGAAUCAGUGGAGAGAUGGUUUAGUGAGUUAAAAGCUGCAGAACUGGGUCAGGAUUCUCCUUGCAGGAAGGGAUUGUGAGUGCCUCUGGACAAGGCACCUGAUGUCUUCAGUUCUGUUCUCCCUUUGAAAAGAGUCAAUGAAGGAAUAACCAAGGUGAAGCCAAAGGAAAAAAAAAAAGGAUAGUUCAGGGAUUCUACUUGUUUCCAAAGGUUCAUUUAUAAUAGAGAUUCCUGUACAAAAAAAAAAAAACUCUACUGGAAAUACCGGUGUUCUUCUGACCUAGCACUUCAUUGCCAAUGCAAUAUUUAUAAUUAAUUUAUUGAAUACAUACACCUGUUUAUUUUGUUACUGUUAUUUAUGCUCAAAAUUCUAUUUAUAUACUCCUGAAGGUGGGUUUUUUUAGUUGUAACAAAUCUUGUGGAGUUUCGUAAUCACGGAAUUUUAGCCAACGGUAGUUUUUUAAAUUUCUGUGCAUUAUCAGUAGUGUAAUGUGUACAUUUGCAAUAAAAGAGAAAAUCAUCUUCAA